AUGUCAGAUGUGGAUUUAUCCUCAAACAACUGCUCCCAAUCCACUUUCUCCAAUUCCUGCCUAAUACUGCUAUUUAUUGUUUGUCUCCAUUUACUGCAGAAGGACUACACUCUGCUUAGGUAUAUUCCUUCUGAUCUGCCAACAAUGAACACCACAACAGAAUACCCAGAUUAUGACUAUGAAUAUGUUUGUGAGAAAGACCCCGUCAAUGAUUUUGGAGCGCAAUCGAUGCCUAUCUUUUAUUCACUAGUGCUAAUGCUGAGUCUACUUGGAAAUGGACUGGUUUUGGUGAUAUUGGUAAAAUAUGAAUAUCUAAAAACAAUAACAAAUAUAUUCAUUCUUAAUCUUGCCAUUUCAGAUUUGCUUUCUGCUAUUAGCCUUCCCUUCUGGGCAGUGCAUCAUUUGAAGGGAUGGAUCUUUGGAAAUGUAAUGUGCAAAGUAAUGAGUGGCAUGUUUAAUGUUGGCUUUUACAGUGGUAUAAUGUUUCUGACACUGAUGACAAUUGAUCGGUAUCUUGCAGUUGUUCAUGCAGUAACUGCUGUGAGAUCAAGGAAAGUUCGCUAUGCAACAAUAACAAGCACGGUUGUCUGGCUAAUUAGUAUAACAGCAACCAUCCCUGAUUUUCACUUUUCCAAAUCUAUAAAGGGUGAUAAUGAUCUCUUUAUUUGUGACAAUACUUAUCCAGAAUAUAAUCCAGUUCCAUGGAUACUAUUAAAAAAUUGUCAACAAAACGCACUGUUCUUUAUCCUUCCAUUGAUUAUCAUUGUGUAUUGCUAUUUUAGGAUAAUCCAAACAAUAAUAAAGUGCAGAACAGUACAGAAGCACAGGACUCUAAGAGUAAUAUUCUCCAUUGUAGUGGUGUUUUUUUUGUGUUGGGCGCCAUACAAUGUUGUGAUUUUUUUGAGAUCUUUGGAGGAGGUCCACAUACUGGAUGCUCAGGACUGUGAUUACGAUAUUCGAAUGGAUUAUGCACAUAUUAUCUCUCACAGCAUAGCUUAUUUCCAUUGCUGUCUCAAUCCCAUUUUUUAUGCUUUUGUGGGUGAAAAAUUCAGAAGGCACCUAAUUUAUUUCUGUGGCCAUUGUAUGCCAUAUAGUCCGAUUUGCCAUAAGCAGAUGAACAUCAGCAAGACUACCAAUUUAGAAGGUUCUGAUGGUAAUGAUACAACAAAUAACUGGUAAAAGCAUACAACAUAGAACAGUACAGCACAGGAAUAGGCCCUUCAGCCCACCAUGUCUGUGCCAGCCAUGAUGCUAAUCUAAACUAAUCCCAUCUUCCUGCACAUGGUCCAUAUCAGUGUUCCCUGCCUGUUCAUGCAUCUGUUUAAAUGCCCCUUAAACAUUGCUGUCAU